AUGAGAAAGCACUCUGAAGAAUUCCCGACUACAACAGAAUGCUUAGACCGCUGUUUGUAUGUGGAUGAUUUUAUUUCUGGAGCUGAUAAUGUGUCGGAUGCUUUUGAGAUCUCCACUCAAGCUACAUCAAUUAUGAGCCAAGCUAGCAUGGUGCUACGAAAAUGGACUACGAAUGACAAUACAUUGAUGCAGUUUUGGACACGUGAAGGUUUCGAUACACAGCCACAAGUCAACACUAUUAAAGUUUUGGGACUGUCAUGGAAUCCUGCUGAAGAUUGUCUAAUAUUGGGAAAGCAGAGCCUAGUGAACAGUCUGUCUAAAAACGAAAGUACCAAACGAUUCCUACUACGUACAAUUGGAAGGAUUUUUGAUCCGCUUGGGUUGCUUUCGCCGUUUACUAUUCGUGCAAAGUUCAUUCUACAAGUCUUAUGGAUGAAGAAAAUUUCUUGGGAUGAAGAAAUACCUGUAGAUCUACAAAAAAUAUGGCUUCAGUGGUGCUCUGAGGUUCCUGAUCUUUCAGAGUUACGAGUUCCUAGAAACGUGCUCAAUUUAAAUAUACAAGUGCCAACCGAUAUCUUAGAACUACACUGCUUCUGCGAUGCUAGCCAAAAGGCUUACGGUGCUGCUAUUUAUGCAAGAGUUGUGAAAGAUAAUAACAUCGAAGUGAAUUUAUUGGUUAGCACUAGUCGAGUGACACCACUAAGGAAAAUCACUCUACCUAGACUAGAAUUACUCGGUGCUUUGCUUGCCGCCCGACUAGCGAGUAAAGUCAAGAAAACAGUGGAUUUAAAAAAGCCCUCCUUAGUGUUCUUUUGGACGGAUUCAAAAAUAACUCUCUAUUGGAUUAAAGGAUCUACGAAACGAUGGAAAUCAUUUGUUGCCAAUAGAGUUAACGAAAUACAGAGUUUAAGUGAUACCAGUGCCUGGGCACACUGCCCUGGGAAGCAAAAUCCAGCUGAUCUCUUCAGCAGGAGGUCAGUGCUGACAUUUUAUUGA